AUGAUCGUCUCCCUGCUCCUCUUUGCCAUGUGCACCCAGCUCAUCAUCGCCGAGGGCUCAGAUGAUGAGCACGCUUCGAUGCACAAGCGCUCCGACUUGCAGUUCAAGCCCAAGCUUCAAGCGUCUCCUGCUCUUCUUCCAAAAGCAAGACCCUCUCGCACCGCAACUUCGCACCUCUUCCUCCGAGCCGAUCCCUGCAGCAUUGCCAACCUCACUCCCACUCCCCUUGGCCCUUCUCAUCUCUUCUCCCGCCGCACCACCAGCUCCCUGCGCUCCUUUUCCUCCCUCUUCCGACGCUGCACCGGCAACUCCGGCACAGACUCGGACGGGGAGUGGGAGGCGCAAAAACGAGCCAAAGCGGUGAGCAAGGCGCUCAAAAAUCUCGGCAAAGGUCCUCAGCUCGAUGUUUGGCCCAGGCGCGAUAGGAGGCGCAAUACGAGCGGAAUCUUGAGAAAGCUUGCGAGGUACGUCAAAUUUUGGCGCAGGGGGAGGGUAUGCGAUGAGCGUGGAGAGCAGCAUAGUUGCUUGAUCCGGCCUUGAGCGAAAGUGGCGGCCGCCGCCGCGAGCAGCGGCAACAAGGAACAGGCAAGUAGCAGGUUCGCGGGGCUAAAAGUCUACUUUUUGCUUUUCUAAUCACACCUCUUGCUCUCGCUCGCUCGGCUCGCUUCCACAGGAACGCGCGACAGAACAGCCAUCGCGCACGGCUAUCGCUCAGUAG